UUCUCCUAACGAUCAAAAUAUCAAUUCUCAAAAUCGCUCCCAAACGGGGCCUAAGCUCUAUAACCUAUCAUCUUGACUGGUGAGUCCGUUACAUUCAUUGAGACAGAAAAUCCUUUGCUCAAACAUGUUUAGCUUUCAUCAAGAAAUUGAUGAAUUUCUUCCAUUUCUAUACUUUAUUAUCACUUUGUUCUUUGUCUGGUUUCUCCUCAAUUUUUUGUACAUGCCCACUGGUAACAAAAAUCUUCCACCAUCACCUCCAAAACUGCCAGUCUUAGGCAAUCUCCACCAACUGAGUGCGUUGACUCACAGAUCCCUCCAAUCCUUGGCAAAAACAUAUGGUCCUAUGAUGCUGCUUCACUUUGGUAAUAAGCCAACGGUCAUUGUCUCAUCAGCCUAUGCAGCGAAAGAGAUAAUGAAAACUCGGGAUCUAAUCUUUGCCAAGAAACCUGACUCAAGUGUUACCAGGCAAUUAAUGUAUGACGGGAAAGAUGUUUCUGUCGCGCCUUAUGGUGAAUACUGGAGGCAGAUGAAAAGCAUUUGUGUUCUCCAGCUUUUAAGUAAUAAGAGGGUCCAAUCUUUUCGUUCCAUCAGGGAAGAAGAAACAGACCUUUUGAUUAAAAAGGUCAAGGAGACUUCUUUACUUCCAUCCGUUGAACUAUAUCGACUGUAAUUAGUUAUUUGCUCAAUUUCUGAAUACUAUUCUAUUUAUUGUUGUUAUGAAAGUAAGCGCCUAGUCCUAUUUUCUUUCA